CCUGGGCCACCGAAGUGGCCGCACAAACUGAACCACUCAGCUGUGGGGCCGGCCCCAUUGCCUUCCCUUUAAGUGAAAGAGGAACUUACAAAGACCCCAUAUCUUUAAACAUAUUAGCUUACGGUGCUGUAAAGUUGGAAAUGCUGCGUGCAGAAUGUAUUUCUGAGUUCUCCAAAUCUUCCCUCCACGCCUUAUAGUCUUAAAACUGUUUUGAGUUGGAUGGACUCCAUGGUAACAUUCUUGCGAGCUCUCAGCUCAGGAAAGGUGGUCUUUAAGAGGAAAGAGAGUGCAUUUAGCAAAAGCAGCAAUCUAGGUGAAGAGAGAACUUUGUAAAGCAAAGUACAUCUUCCCUAAAAGCAAUUAAUCAUAUUAUUAGACAAACUGCUUCAGCAGCUGGCAAAACAGCAGGAACAUGUCAAUUUUGCUUCCUUAGUUACAGGGAGUGAUAGUGUACUUGACCUUCAGCAGAGCAGGGUCAUAGAGAGGGCAUCUUGAAACAGCUCUGUCUGGUUGUGGUGAGUGGAAUCUGCACUGGCAGUUUGGAAAGCAAAUGCCUGUGAAUUUCCCCAACCAACCCCUGCCUGUUGUGGUUGGACUCUCUGACCUGGGAGGUUGCUGAGGAAAAAUGUAAAUAAAGCUGAAGGGAGCUAUUGGCAUGGUACCACGUACACAGACCUCUCGGCCGGAAUCUCCAGGGAUGACCAGCCCCUCCCCGCGCAUCCAGAUAAUCUCCACUGACUCUGCGGUAGCCUCACCUCAGCGCAUUCAGAUUGUGACAGACCAGCAGACAGGACAGAAGAUCCAGAUAGUUACCGCAGUGGACGCCUCUGGGUCCCCCAAGCAGCAGUUCCUCCUCACCAGCCCAGAUGGAGCUGGAACUGGGAAGGUGAUCCUGGCUUCCCCGGAGACCUCCAGUGCCAAACAGCUCAUAUUCACCACCUCGGACAACCUUGUCCCUGGCAGGAUCCAGAUCGUCACGGACUCUGCUUCUGUGGAGCGUUUGCUGGGGAAGGCCGACGUCCAGCGGCCCCAGGUGGUAGAGUACUGUGUGGUCUGUGGUGACAAAGCCUCUGGCCGUCAUUAUGGGGCUGUCAGUUGUGAAGGUUGCAAAGGUUUCUUCAAAAGGAGCGUAAGGAAAAAUUUGACCUAUAGCUGUCGGAGCAACCAAGACUGCAUCAUCAAUAAACACCACCGGAACCGCUGUCAGUUUUGCCGGCUGAAAAAAUGCUUAGAGAUGGGCAUGAAAAUGGAAUCUGUACAAAGUGAACGGAAGCCUUUUGAUGUACAACGGGAGAAACCAAGCAAUUGUGCUGCUUCAACUGAGAAAAUUUAUAUCCGGAAGGACCUGAGAAGUCCUCUGAUAGCCACUCCCACGUUUGUGGCAGAUAAAGAUGGAGCAAGACAAACAGGUCUUCUUGAUCCAGGGAUGCUUGUGAACAUCCAGCAGCCUUUGAUACGUGAGGAUGGUACGGUUCUCCUGGCCACGGACUCCAAGGCUGAAACAAGCCAGGGAGCUCUGGGCACACUGGCAAAUGUGGUAACCUCCCUUGCCAACCUAAGUGAAUCCCUUAACAAUGGUGACGCUUCGGAAAUGCAGCCAGAGGACCAGUCUGCAAGUGAGAUUACUCGGGCAUUUGAUACCUUAGCUAAAGCACUUAAUACCACAGACAGCUCCUCGCCUCCAAGCCUGGCAGAUGGGAUAGACACCAGUGGAGGAGGGGGCAUCCACGUCAUCAGCAGAGACCAGUCCACACCCAUCAUUGAGGUCGAAGGCCCCCUCCUUUCAGAUACUCACGUCACAUUUAAGCUCACGAUGCCCAGCCCAAUGCCAGAGUACCUCAAUGUGCACUACAUCUGUGAGUCUGCAUCCCGCCUGCUUUUCCUCUCCAUGCACUGGGCCAGGUCAAUUCCGGCCUUUCAGGCACUUGGGCAGGACUGCAACACCAGCCUGGUGCGGGCCUGCUGGAAUGAGCUCUUCACCCUCGGCCUGGCCCAGUGUGCCCAGGUCAUGAGUCUCUCCACCAUCCUGGCGGCCAUCGUCAACCACCUGCAGAACAGCAUCCAGGAAGAUAAACUUUCUGGCGACCGGAUAAAGCAAGUCAUGGAGCACAUCUGGAAGCUUCAAGAGUUCUGUAACAGUAUGGCGAAGCUGGAUAUAGACGGCUAUGAGUAUGCAUACCUUAAAGCUAUAGUUCUCUUUAGCCCCGAUCAUCCGGGUUUGACUAGCACAAGCCAGAUUGAAAAAUUCCAAGAAAAGGCACAGAUGGAGCUCCAGGACUAUGUUCAGAAAACCUACUCAGAAGACACCUACCGAUUGGCCCGGAUUCUCGUCCGCCUGCCUGCGCUCAGGCUGAUGAGCUCCAACAUAACAGAAGAACUUUUUUUUACUGGUCUCAUUGGCAAUGUUUCGAUAGACAGCAUAAUCCCCUACAUCCUCAAGAUGGAGACGGCAGAAUAUAAUGGCCAGAUCACUGGAACCAGUCUAUAG